AUGGCGGAGACAGAGCUCUCCACUGAGUUCCCAAAACCUGAUGGUAUUACUCGCUGGACCGAGGUUAUGGUUAGCUUCACAGCCAAGCUGGGAGCACAGGGCCGGCGGGUGGUGUUGGUCACAUCAGGCGGCACCAAGGUCCCGCUGGAAGCGCGAGCUGUGCGCUUCCUUGACAACUUCAGCAGCGGACGGCGCGGUGCAACCUCGGCCGAGGCCUUCCUGGCUGCGGGAUACGGGGUCCUGUUCUUGUACCGUUCUCGCUCCGCGUUUCCUUUUGCCCACCGCUUCCCGCCGCAGACGUGGCUGUCGGCUCUUCGGCCCUCUGGCCCAGCUCAGUCAGGCCGGCUGUGUCUGGAAGCCGACGAGAAGGCACUCCCGGGCUUCGCUGCAGCCUUGCAGAGCUACCAGGACGCUGCGGCCGCGGGCACUUUUCUGGCGGUGGAGUUCACCACACUGACGGAGUAUUUACAUCUGCUGCAGGCCGCCGCCCAGGCUCUCAAUCCUUUAGGCCCUUCUGCGAUGUUCUACCUGGCUGCGGCCGUGUCAGAUUUUUAUGUUCCUGUUUCUGAAAUGCCUCAACACAAGAUCCCUUCGUCUGGGGGCCCACUGCAGAUAACAAUGAAGAUGGUGCCGAAAAUGCUUUCACCUUUGGUUAAAGACUGGGCUCCCAAAGCAUUUAUAAUUUCCUUUAAAUUGGAGACUGACCCUUCCAUUGUAAUUGAUCGUGCACGUAAUGCUUUGGAAGUUUAUCGACAUCAAGUGGUAGUGGCCAAUAUCCUUGAAUCAAAACAGUCUUUUGUGGUUAUUGUAACCAAAGACUCAGAAACCAAGCUAUUACUUUCAGAGGAAGAAGUAGAAAAAGGCAUAGAGAUAGAAGAGAAAAUAGUGGAUAAUCUUCAGUCUCAACAUACAGCUUUUAUAUGUGACAAAAACUGA